GCCGGGCCCUGUCUCUGAGGAUUGGCGAGGGCGGACAGGCGGUUCAUCAUGCGUGGCUUUUUCUCAAGUAUUUUUUUCCAGUCUGUUUGGAACUCGGGAAAUGAGGAUUUUAAUUCUGGGAUUAGAUGGAGCAGGAAAAACCACAAUUUUGUAUAGAUUACAGGUUGGAGAAGUCGUUACUACUAUUCCUACCAUCGGAUUUAAUGUAGAGACGGUGACAUACAAAAACCUUAAAUUCCAAGUGUGGGACUUAGGAGGACAGACAAGUAUCAGGCCAUACUGGAGAUGUUAUUACUCAAACACAGACGCAGUUAUUUAUGUAGUAGACAGUUGUGACCGAGACCAAAUUGGCAUUUCCAAAUCAGAGUUAGUUGCCAUGUUGGAGGAAGAAGAGCUGAGAAAAGCCAUUUUAGUGGUGUUUGCAAAUAAGCAGGACAUGGAACAGGCCAUGACCCCCUCCAAGAUGGCAACUUCACUUGGGUUACCUGCCUUGAAGGACCGAAAAUGGCAAAUAUUCAAAACGUCAGCAACCAAAGGCACUGGCCUUGAUGAGGCAAUGGAAUGGUUGGUUGAAACAUUAAAAAGCAGACAGUAAUUCAGUCCCUUCAGCUCCUCUGAAACUAAGGAUACGUCACCUAUCACUUUGGAAACAGUCAGGUGUUCUUUACACUACUAAAUGUUAAAACUAUAUGAUUGUUGGCAUAUACUGAACUGAGUGCAAUGUUUGUAAUAAAUAUGAAAAAUAAGCAUUUGGUUGGAGGGGUAACUCAAUUGAAUCACCUGAAUGUUCUGUGCAAUAUAAAAUAUUCCUUCCUUGCUUUCUUGUGUUAAGGUAUAUAUUCUAUUUGUAUGGAAUUCUUAUUCAAAUAUAGUCCUAUUAAAGAAUGCGCUCUUGUUGGGGAAAAAACCCU